GCAAUGGAGCCAUCAGCACAGUGACACCACACCUCCCUCUCUCUCUCUCUCUCUCUAUCUCUCUCUGCAAUAAUUCAAAUGAAAUUCUGAUAAAUCAAUUCAAUAAUUCAGAUUACAAUUAUGGAGAUAUACAUAUAAAUAUAUAUGUAUAUAUAGAGUAAACGUUGUGGUGUUGGUUUUCUUCUGUGAAGAAGCAAGGCGGUAGGGUUUGUGGGGAGAACCAUGGGCUGUUUUUUCGGCUGUUUUCGAUUCAAAGACUCUCGUUCUAACCUCAUUACUCCUCCGGAACCUGUGGUGUCUCGCAGUAGGAAUGCAUUGUCGUCACUGUUCCAGUGUGAUGAUGAGUCGCUUGGACAGGGAGAGGAAGGUCGAAAUCCACUGCCUAAGGAACUUGGUGUCGCGGAGCUCAAGGAUGAGGCAAAAUUCCUAAAAGCUUGUGGAACUUUACCUCAGACCCCUAUUGAAAUUCGAAAAGCCUCAGAGAAAUGGCAGGAUAUACCAGCUCGAAUUGGAGAAGAAAAAUCUUCAAAACUCAUUUCGUGGCUUCCCAAUGCAUCCAUUGAGAAGUUGAAACUGGAGAAGCAAUCAGAUGAAUCUCCAAGACCCGUUAAAAUUCAUGAAGAAUCGCUAACUGGCUUAGGUUAUUCACUGGACUCUCCAAGCAGCUGCUUGACUGAUGGACACAUGGGAAGAGUCUCCAGCAGCUCCAUCCAAAGACGUGACAUUCAGAAUGUUUUUACAGCACUAGAAGUGCGAGAUAGUGAAACUCAUUCUGAAACUUCAUCAAUUUCACCUGGGUUCUUUGCUCCCAGUGUACAAUGCAAAAAUAAAUCUGUUCGGUUUGACAGCGAGUCAGAUAGGUCUGCCUUUUCAUCAAAAGGCUCUUCAUCUGAAGGUGCUAGUCAACAUUCAAAACAGCCUAGAUUUGUGGGCAGUAGGAGUGUAACAAAACCAUCACCAUAUCCCACCCCGCUGAAAUUAACUGAUGAGAUGCAAACCCCUGGCACUGUGUUCCCUGCGUAUAUGAAUGAUAUUGGUGGUGAAAAGGUUAUAAAAGUCAGGUCUCAGUAUGUACAUCCUGUCUUAGACCCAGUUAAGAAUCCUUCCCAGUGGAACGAAUUGAAGGAUGAAAACUCUGAUUCCCAGCACCAUAGAGAAUCACUUAAGCAAAACGACGAAUUAAAUCUAAUGUCAACCCCAACAUCAAAGUUGGCUGUAGAACAUCUUUCAGUUGGAGAAGAGAUGAAGAAUGAAGCAAGCCUGUCUUCUUGGUUGAAACCACCUUCAGCCAAGCAAGAUGGCAACAACAAACAGUUUGGUUCAGUUUCUGGUGAAAAAGGUUAUUUGAGGAGAACUCCUGCAGAUAGGCCUAUUUUGGGGAUGGUGGCUGCACACUGGAAUGAUGAUGAGGAAUCUCAUGUUUCACCUAAAUGGUGGGACGGGAAUGGAAUUCCGAAUUCCACCAACAAGUAUAAAGAAGAUCAGAAAGUUAGCUGGCACGCCACACCAUUUGAGGAGCGACUAGAAAAGGCAUUGUCUGAAGAAACUUUUAUAUCUCAGAGGAAGCCUGUCAGCAAGACACCUCCAGUUGAUUUCAGCGAAUCCGAAGAGUCUGAUACUGCUUUAUCUCAUUUGCAAUCUCCAGCCCACUUCAAAUCUGUUGUUUCAUUCUGAUGAAGCCCUGAAAUCAUUGUUUCAUUUUUUUUGUGAGUUCACCAUUACUGUGCAGCAUUCAUGUAUUUCUUCAUCAUUGUUCAUGAACCAUUCCUAAGUUGGUGUUGAACAAAUUCUAGGACAGGUGAGCAGAAUUUGGAGUGAUAUUCAUGACAAGGUCAAUGUUUGAUUUCAAUGUACAUAAACAGAGGGAGUUUACUUUGAAUUUGGUUUGACAAUGCUAUUGCCUAGCUUUCCAAUAGUGAAAAAUAGCAGAAAUUAUGGUUAAAUUCAUGUUCUAUCCCUUGCACAAUGCAAGGGGGGCAUGAAUGAUUGACAUACUCCUCAUUUUUAGAAUUAAGAUAUGUG